AUGUCGAUACGUCACAGUAAAGAACACCUGCCUCCACAGGCCAAGGCGUGCUCAAUAUGUAAAGAGGGCUUACUAGAACGUGAUGACAUUUUAAUAACUGCCUGCUCCCAUAAUUUUCAUCGAAUAUGUCUUUUAAAUUGGCUUAAAAAGAACCCCUCAUGCCCACAGUGUCGCGCAAGGUGUACCAGCAGGGACUUCUCCCAAAUUACUGGUGCGCGCACCAGAUCCCGUACCGCUUUGCAGUCAGAUAACCCUUCUAGAGAUUUAGGAAUGCCAGCAAGGGAGCAAGCUAAAGAACACCAAACUGAAGGCGCUGCAAGCCUGCCUGGUGUAGAUGGUAUAAAUAUAAGCCGUAAUGCCAGUGAAGAAGAGAAUCGUAUGCGCAAAAUCGUAUCUGCAGUAAUAUCAGCCAGACAAGCGUCCUUGCUCGGAUAUUUUGAAAGCCGUGUUAAACAGCUGAUAGAGCAAAAGAUCGAAAAUACUUUAACUAACUUAUUAGAUCGUUUGAAUUUAAAUGGCCAACCAGCUCAGCCUUCGGCGAGUCUUAGUCCAACCAACCGCACUAACCAACCUAAUUUAGACCAACCGAAUAUCUCGACGCCAGUUUGGGCUAGAGAAACUCCUAAUUUGCCCAACG